CCACCUCCGUACUUACAAAAGAUCUUACCGGUUGCAACGUUAGUAUAACGGUAUAAAAUAUGUGCCUUCAGGUUUUCAUGCUCCGCCAAGUCCUGCCACAUUUUGACUGCGCUCGUGUGUACAUGUGUGCGUGUGCUGCUUCGAAUAGCAAAGCCAUGUGAUUCUUUCCAGGUUCUAUUUCAGAGCGCCUGCCGUCAAACGCUCUGCACUCUUCACAGAAGCUUUAAGAAUGGUCAACAAAUGUGCCGUUUAAUCCCUCGGUCCGCCACUGUUUUUUUUGUCAAAGUUUCGCUCUGAUCAACAGGUGAACCCUUUUUCCAGGGGGUUCGAAGAAUAGCCGGAUGUCCUUCUCUUAUGUGUCAAAUCCAGGUUGUGUGUGACCUCUCCCCCUCCCUACUGUGACCUCUGGACCCUGGUCAACCUCCUCCCAGUCGCCAAGGUCCGACUGUGAUCCAUGGCGCUGAAGAAGCUCGUGGGAUUCGGGAAGCAGUUGCUGCGGGUGAAGGUGGUGGACUGUAACACAGAAGACUCCCGUCUGUCCCGAUGCCUCAACACGUUUGACCUCGUGGCCCUGGGCGUGGGUAGCACGCUGGGCGCUGGCGUCUACGUGCUGGCCGGCGCCGUUGCGCGGGAAAAUUCAGGUCCUGCGAUUGUGCUGUCUUUCCUGAUAGCAGCACUAGCAUCGGUGCUGGCGGGUCUGUGCUAUGCGGAGUUUGGGGCGCGUGUUCCCAAGACGGGCUCAGCUUACCUCUACUCCUAUGUGACUGUAGGGGAACUGUGGGCCUUUAUCACUGGAUGGAACCUCAUCCUCUCCUACAUCAUUGGUACCUCCAGCGUGGCCCGAGCGUGGAGCGCCACCUUCGACGAGUUGGUAGGCAAGCGCAUAGAGCAGUUCUGCAGGGAGUACAUGUCCAUGAAUGCCCCGGGUAUAUUGGCAAAGUACCCUGACAUGUUUGCCGUUAUCAUCAUAUUCACCCUCACAGGUCUUUUGGCAUUUGGAGUCAAGGAGUCCGCUAUGGUGAACAAGGUCUUCACAUGCAUCAACGUCCUGGUUUUGCUGUUCAUGGUGGUGUCCGGCCUGGUCAAAGGAACUCUGAAGAACUGGCAGCUGGACCCCGAAGAGAUCCUACAUGCAAAUUACUCUAGUAACUCCAGCCUCAAUGUGACAGACAUCCUACCAACCAGAGAGAGUUUAGGAGCGGGCGGCUUCAUGCCGUUCGGUUUCUCCGGCGUCCUGUCGGGAGCUGCUACCUGCUUCUAUGCCUUUGUCGGAUUUGACUGCAUCGCCACCACAGGUGAAGAGGUGAAGAACCCCCAGAGAGCCAUCCCCAUUGGCAUCGUGUCCUCGCUGCUCAUCUGCUUUGUGGCGUACUUUGGGGUUUCUGCCGCCCUCACCCUCAUGAUGCCAUACUACCUCCUUGACAACAACAGCCCUCUGCCAGUAGCCUUUAAAUACGUGGGCUGGGGGGGAGCCAAAUACGCUGUAGCUGUAGGCUCUCUUUGUGCUCUGUCAACUAGCCUGCUGGGUGCUAUGUUCCCUAUGCCCCGUGUGAUCUGGGCUAUGGCCGACGAUGGGCUGCUUUUCAAGUUCAUGGCCGAGAUCAGCCCCCGCACCAAAACCCCGCUAACCGCAACCCUCACCUCUGGCGCAGGGGCAGCCAUCAUGGCGUUCCUGUUCGACCUGAAGGACCUGGUGGACCUGAUGUCAAUAGGGACGCUGCUGGCCUACACUUUAGUGGCUGCCUGUGUGCUGGUGCUCAGGUACCAGCCCGAGCAGCCCAGUCAGAUGUAUGAGAUGGCCAAUACUCAGGAGGAGGUGGAGCUGAGUGACGGCAUCAGUGUCCCCAGUAUGGGCAUCCUGCCCGGGGUGGAGGAGAGAUUCAGCUUCAAAACCCUCCUGUUCCCAAGUAAACACGAGCCAUCCACACUGUCCGGCUUCUCCGUCAACAUCUGUGCCUCUCUCAUGGGAACGUUGAUCCUGGUGUUCAGUGUACUGGCAGUGCAUGGAGGCUUUGCCGUGUGGAACGUCGUGGUACUCUGUUUCAUCUUCAUGGCUUGCCUCCUCCUCACCUUUAUCAUCUGGAGACAGCCUGAGAGCCAGACCAAGCUGUCCUUUAAGGUUCCGCUGCUGCCCUUCCUUCCAGUGAUCAGCAUGUUUGUCAAUGUUUACCUGAUGAUGCAGCUGGACAGGGGUACUUGGAUACGGUUUUCUUUCUGGAUGGCUAUAGGGUUCGUGAUCUACUUCUGCUACGGCAUCCAUCACAGCGCCGAGGGCGCGCUGGCCCGCUCGUCCCCGGAGACCGAGAUGAGCAAGUGCAGUCGCAAUUCAGAGGCGUCGCCAGAAAAGGAGGCCUUCUUGAGCAACCACAUUGAUGACAAGGAAGACGACGAAGAUUUGUAGGACGCAUUAGAACCCGCCGGCUACAUUUCGACCUCCCCUGAUGCUGGUUUGUCCGUCUGAAAGUAUUUUAUAGUACUAACUUACAGUACUCCUUUUAAAGUGAUGAUGAAUAACUUUGACCCUACUGUGACUUUCCCUCUUGGCUGCUGGGUAGGAAACAAAAAGACUGGAUAUUACCCAAAAGCAGAGCUUCUUGAGAUGAUUGACAUGUCCUCUUACGUUGGUUAUCAGCUCGUUACCUAUUUUUGUUUGGUCUUGAGCUCCAACUGCUUGUUAUCACAUGGCAUUAUAAUGUCUGGGUGUUCCAGGGAGGUUGCUUACUGGCACAAGGACUUGUUGCACAUGUUCUCACAUCUUUUUUUUUUCUGGGUGCCAGGAACAGAAAUGCUGUCCAUGUCGUCUUUUUUUAGUUUUUGUAAAACAAAACUAUUGAACAUUUAUUUCUGAAAAAUAAAAACGGUCCGUUUUGAGUACAGAUUGGUACAAAUACUCUCAUGUCACCGAUAGGGGGAAAGAUGUUCUAGCCGUACUCCCUGACAGGUGGGAUCUUACGCAAUGCGCCGUAAAAUACCUGUCAUUGUCACCAUUGUCUGAAGUCCCAGGCUUUUACUUGUGAUUGUAGUUAAUUUUGUUAUUUGGGGAUGAACCCUGCUGCAAAUUGUAAUGCAGAAUCCGUUGUGUCAAGACAUUGUGUUUGACAGUUACCUCCGGUGACACACAGAUCCAGUCUUGACAGCAACAUUUUAAAAAUCAAGCCAUCAAACUGUGCAAUAGUUUAUCUGAUUUGUGGUUUUAAAUCCGCUUCACAGUAAUAAUGGCGUUUUUUUAAAAUACACUGUUCGAUAUUCAACACCCUUUGUAAAUGAAUGCAAUCUGGAUGCUACCUGUUGAGCAUCGAGACAUUGACAGUUGCUGAACGUCAGUUAUUGUCGAGUAACAUUAGAUGACGGGGAGUUUUCACAGUGCUGGCUGCUGUGUGUUUUUGCAACGGUGGCUUGUAACAUUUAGGUUCUCUCCUUCAAAAGGUUCUACAGGCCAACUUUUAUUUUCUUGAAAUGUUACAUUUGGAAGAAUGUUUUUGUUUUCAAUUAGUUAUGAAUGUCUUUAUAUCGCCCGCUUUGUAAAACACUACCAGUGUGCCUUUCAGGUUACACAUCUGAUUCAGUUUGAAUGAAUGCUGUUAAGCAAAAGCCCGCGAAUAAUCUGAUCAAGUAGAAAUUUGCAACACAUGUAAAUGUAUAAUAUCAGUUGUUGUUUGUCAUUAAAAGAUCUAAUGCUUUUAGAUACAUUUUCUCCGUUCAUUAUAAGUACUAAACUGGUUCAGCAUUGUUCAUGGCCUUCUCCUCCUCUUCAAAACCCGGCCUGCACGUACCCACAUUGCAACCUGAGUGGCAUUUGAGUCCGAUUCGAGUGUCUGCUAUUGACUGAUAUUGCGUGUGUCCUCCAGGGUCAAGGAGAGAUGAGGUGAGCGCUUCAAAGGUCGGAUACGCACACUUCCCUCCACGUCCAAACCGAUGAGAUUGUCAUUUUCAAACUUUUACUUUUCAGGCCUACAAGAUGAUUCAAGGCACAUCACUUAAGGCAAUUUGUCUCAGUUAAAACCGACUUUGUGGGGUGAAUUUUCUGGAUUUUUCAACCUUUUAAGUGCAUUCUCUGUCGUUAUGUCUUUUACAACAAAGUGGCCAUCUUAAAGUAUGAACAUGUUAAAUAAACAUUAUGUUUAAAAAUAUAUAGUUGAUAUUUCUCGCAGCAAAGUAUUUGUAUAUUUGAGAAGGGCUUACAUUAUGUUGCCCUGUUUAUUUCUGCCCUUGAGUUGCUGAUACAGUGUUUAAAUGAUCUGUGCAACUGAAACUUCAUCCUCGGGGUUGGAAAAAUCCCUGCCCAGCUUCUUUUGUCAUGACUUUGGUGUCAUGGUGGACCUCAUUAGAAGUGUAAUAAUGUGAGUUUACAUUGAUUCUUUCUUUUUAGGGGUUUUGGUCACCUGUGUCCCAAACAUUAUACUAUUUCUUUUAUUGCAACCAGUAUAGCCUGACUAUCACAGAUAGUCAAAACAUCAUUUUAAGAAUUAUUUUACCUUUAAAGAAAUUUAAAUAUUUCUCUAUAUAACAACAAUGUAAUAGCAAUUACCAUUGAUUUGUGUUAAAAGUCACGCACUUUGUUCACUGGAUUAAUUCAUUUUUCCAGACAUGUCAUGCCAAACCUCAGUGUUCAUACACACAAUGUGUAUACACACAUACAAACAGAUAAAAUAAGCUUAUUUCUUUCACUUUUGAUGCUGCUUUAAAUGCCCAUCGAUCUUAGUAAACCUUUUACAUAACACGUGUCACAUAAUAGAGCUUUUGAUGUUUCAAACUUCAUCACUAGUGUUGAUGCCCGGUGGCUUCAUGUUUAAUUCGUUUUGCUAGGAUUUCCUCACGUUCAACCUUUUCUUUUCCUUUUUUUGCUAACAGAACAAAAUCAGUUUAUGUUUCUGGCACAUCCAUGUUUCCUCAUACAGUACCUCACAGCCUUCUUCCCCAGAUGGACAAUAGUCAGUGUAUCAAUGCCGACAUGGACAAGGGAGUCCAAGGAGUCACGGCUACGUGUUUGAGGGCAGAAACAAAAUUGAGAAACUCCAUCCAAAGAGGAAGAUCAUGAGGUGAACCUAAAAUCUGGGGAAUGGUCUAGUUAUGGGGCCUUGUCUUUCUUUUCUUUUUGUCAAAGUGCAUUCUAGUGUUGUCUAUAUCUACAGCACCUUAAAGGGGAUUUCUUAACUUUGCAUGAGGGCCUGAAGGCUACUCAUGGAUUAUCUUUUUUGGUUUUUCAUAAAAAAUGUACACCCAAUCCCAUUUAAAAAGAAAAAUCAUCACAGCAACUCAAUAUCAGUGUCAACACAGCAUUGUCUCCUUACCAUCUCUUUUUUUUUGUUCUUAAAGUACAUGUUUUGUGCAUCGCUCAUGUAAAUAAAACAUACUUUUCAACAUCCA